AUGCCCCUUACCUUUCGUCGACCAAAGCGCUUUUCCACUUCAAACCCUCCUCUCGAAAUCCAAACAAGUGAGAUUGUCGUCGAAUCAUGUCUCGAGGAGGGAACUACAAGCGAGAUUGUCGUCGAACCAUGUCUCGCCGAGGGAACUGCUCUUUUAAAAGUUUCAUUAAAAAAGAAACAACAAAAAAUCUUCAGGAUCGACGUUGAUCAAGGUCGAAUACUAUGGGAUUCCAAAAAAUCCGGAAAAGGCAAAUAUUAUCUUACUAAUUUGAUAAAAGAGCUUCGAAUUGGUGAAGCGAUAAGAAGUUAUAGGGAACAUUUUAAGCUUAGUGUGGAUAUUGAGCCUCGAUGGUUCACCAUCAUUUAUGUUGAUUUUGGGAAAUAUAAAACUCUUCACUUAGUCGCACCGACAUUGGAAUUAUUUAAUAUAUGGGUUGAUAAUUUGGAAAAACUAUAUUUGCACAGAAGGGAUAUGAUCGGAGGAUUAG